CAAUAGAGGAAGCAGUCCAAACUCGAGACGACGCCGUACCGAAGAGGAUCAUGGAGGCAGAAACAAGAAAGCGGAAGCGUUUUGGAAAUCAUACAAUGGCUUCACAUGUCAACAAUCUUGACGAUGGCUGUCUGAUGCAUAUUUUCAGUUUCCUUUCCCCUAUUCCAGAUCGGUAUAACACCGCCCUCGUUUGCAACAGAUGGCAUUUCCUUGCUUGUCAUCCUCGGCUAUGGCUUCGAGUUGAUCGUUCCGUUAAAAACUUAUCUGAGCCUGGUGUCUUCCCGAGCAUUGAGACUGCAGUUUCUGCCGCAAGGCCCGGAGAUACCAUUCUAAUUGCUUCUGGUGGAAGUCAUAAUGCUUCCAAUAUUCAGAUUGAAAAGCCACUUUGCUUGAUUGGAGCCGGCGAACUUCCUGAUGACACAACCCUGAUUUGCACCCGUGGCUCUGACAGUGCACUGGAGUUCUUAUCCAACUGUAAACUGGCGAAUUUGACGGUCCGAACAGAGCUUGGGUGCUGCUUGCUUCAUAGGAGUGGAAAGUUAACCAUCGAUAGUUGCAUUCUUCAGUGUGAAGCGAAUCCUCUUGACCAUCUCUCACAUGCAAUUGUGAGCACCGCUAGUUCCAGUGAGUGUAAUGUAUCCCCAUCUGCUCUAAGGAGGUGUCGUGAUGCUGUUUCUGUUUCUCGAACUCGAAUCGAAGGAGGUGCAAAGGCUGUUUUGACCUGUGGAGCUCUGUCAUUGCAGCAAGUUCGUGUAAUUUAUACUCGCACUUCAGUCUUUUUCUGGUUUGAUGUGGAGCAUACUCAACAAUGAGUACAGGCAGCUGUGAUUGUAAAGUAAGUAGAAUGUUUGCGGCCAUUAAUGGUUAGAUUUGCAUUUCAAUUCUGUUAUUCUGCAAGUUUAGUUCCUCCACUGUUGUAAUUGAUUCUAUUGUACGAUAGAAUAAUGAACAGAUUAUCACUUGCAAGCACACUGUAAUUGAUGCUUUGUUGACACUGGAUCUUUCAUAUGCUGCAUAUAGUUCACUUUACAUUCGUACUUUAUGCUUGUUUCUGUUUUAAGUUUAUCCUUCACUAGAGUCCAGGUUAGGUGUAGAGAGUUUCAACCCAGAUGUCUGUUCGGAUUAUAUUGAAGCUAAAAUGACUGAUACAUAAAACAUCAAGCUGAUAGUAUAAGAGCUGAUCUACAAUGUGACUUUGUACCCAGCCAUUAUUAGGCUGGUCUAGCGACGAAUUUUGGGCCCCUUAAACUCUUCAAAUCUCAACUCCAUCAAUUUCAGAGCCGCUUCUGAUACAGUACACUUCUCAGAUGUUAACAGCAAGUAGACUAAAUUAUUGGCAUGAUCUUCAGCGGUUUCUUCCAUCGAGGAACUACUUACCUUUCUGUAGUCUUGAGGAGGACUGACGCUCCAUUGUAGAGGCAUUGGCUAAAAUAUCAAGUCUUUUCCUAGACAAAAGGAGAACCUCAACAAUUUCAACGAAUUAACUUAAUUAUGUAUCCUUGCUACAGAUGAAGAUAUGGACAUCAGUUCCUGUAAAGAUGUCGCAAAUUUUUUGUUGAAAGUUUUCCGAUUUUGUGGAAGUCAGCAAAUUUUGGUGCAUCUGGGACAACCCACCCUUCAAAAGGAAGUUGGAAUUGAUCAUCUCUGACGCCCUUGGCCAAGUCUAUAUUACAAAACCCAACACUCAAUUUGUAAAUAAAACCCAACAAUUACGAAAAGUGCUGAAAAGAUGCUUUAACUGCUCAAAGUGUGUUGUGUCACGAGUUGAUGAGAUUGCAUUAAGGAAAAGUUUCUGCGAUUUGCUGCUUAUCCUUACUAAUCCCACCAGCUACAGUUGUUAACGUGAUCAAUUAUCACGUUAGCAACUCUAGCGAGCCCAUAAUCCAGAACAUCAACUGCAUCCAUUGUGCCCCAAACUGCAUAGGGCUACAUCUUAUUAUUUCCAUUCCCUGUAAACAAACUCUCCACUUAAAUGGCAAUGCUCACCCGCUAAAAUAGCACAGCACGAUCCAUUGACAGCACUAGGGUGUCUUUCUUCUCAUCGAACAAUAAGUGUCCAUGCUUUUAGAAGCAUGCCAUACAAUGGCAGCCUGCAUACGCUCUCACAACAAUCUUCAGUCCACUCUGGAUUGGCAAGAUCUAACGUAGUCAUGGAGUUCCAAUUUGAUGUUUGAUGCGAACAGAAUGGACCAGAAAGCAGUCAAACAGAAGAGCUUUUGUAGUCAUGAACUUGUGACCCUAUUUCCAUAAACUGAACUCAUCCAAUCUAGAACAUAGUUUGUGCAUUAAGUUGGUGCCCCAAAUCAAUUUUAGAAUCAAUUUAAUAGCACCAAUGUAAUUAAAAAAUGGAUUAGAAUUGGCUGAGGUUUAAUCCAGUCAAUCAUGAUCCUCGUUCGCACAUUUGAUCAAUCUAGUCGAUGAAUGUACUAUUUCAUUUCAAUCGAAUUAACAAUUAGGAUUUACAGAUCACCAUAAAUGCAAUGCCUAUCAACUUCUAUUAUGUUUUUUUAGGAAAUGCAAUCAUUUCAAGUGAAGCAUACAGAAUAUACUAGUACAAAAUGCACAAAGACUAACCCAUUGAUAUUGGGUAGUAAAAAUCAUUAAUCAACACCCCAUGAAAUCACGACUAUUGUAUUUACACAAGUGCAACUACAUCAGGGUUAUAGCUACUGUGUCCACAUCCAACACUGACCGUAAACCUCAGCUGGGCUCCAAAUUGCCACUUGUAUUUGACCAUUCAAGGAAGAUAAAAUAACAAGGUGGAAGAACAACAACAAAUGUAGGCUUAGAUGAACCAUAUGCUGCUAAUGUAUUCGUCAAAACACAAUAACUCCCCACAUUCUAAUAUUUCACAUUUCUUUCAAUUCUCAAUGAAGGAAAUAAAAACAAAACAAAAAGAGCAAACCUCUAUAAAAAGAUGUAUCUUAAUUUUUAAUCUACUGGCUCCUGGUUAUCCAAGGGCUUGGUAUUUCCAACUUGCGGCCGAAUCGUUGCUGAAACCAGAUGAUAUUUAAUUUAAUCUCAGGGUUAUAGAUAAACAUGUGAAAAAACAAACAUGGAUAAAAAGAAUUCAAUGUUGACGCCGGUAAAGAAAAUGUACACUCAAAAAGUAUGUCACAUAGUUUAAAAUCAAAAGCAAGGGAAGGAAAGAAAUCAAAAGAAGACUUGACACUAUCACCAAAAAGAUGCCAAUCUUUGCUUUUCCUUCCUCUAUAUUCAUCUAACAUCCGUUCCAAUCAAGUGUACCUUCUCAAAAUUUGCCAAAAAUCCAAAUCCAAAAUAAAAGUAGUUAUCUGGCCCCAUAUUUUUUCUGAAUAAACACUCGAGUACACACAUACUAAAAAAUGGAAGGGUACAUUGGAAAAUGAAAACAUUAUGAUGCAUUAAACCUUAUUUUACAGAAUGAGCACAAAUAAAGGUAACUUUGUAGCAAUCUGGUAAUAACACAAAUGAUUAAAACAAAGGGCUUACAUCGCAAGGACGAUCCAGCAAGACAAGUCAGCCUGGAUUUUGUUUCACUCUCAGAAAGCGGGCUGCUCUUAUAAGUCAUGCGAACAUCCCAAACACGAAUGACACCAUCAGAAGAAGCAGAUGCUACUAUACAUGGAGAAUUUUUAUAUGCUCCGCCAUCACUUUCGGAAAGCACAACAAUACCCUUAACUCGGGCCGAAUGUGCAUCUUCAAUAGAAUAUGCAACUUUACCGGAAUUGGUAUCCCAUGCUAUAAUACUUCGAUCCUCUCCACCAGUGAAUAAAAUUCCAUUCUGCCCACCACUAUCACAUUAGCUUUGAAAACUCAAUGAGAGAUAGUUUCGGAAACAUAGACAUGUAAGUUUUCAGCAUACAACUUCAUUUGUAUCAGUAAGAUGUACAGCUAAUCAACGAAUCAAAAGCAUGUAACAAAUACAAAUGAAAAAGGGGGACAAGGGGCUAUUUUGCUUAUUACAAAAGUGAAAGAAACACCUUACAUAAGCACUUGACAUAAGCACUUCAAUUCAAUAUAAGCUCUAAAACUGUGGGUAACAGAAAUGAUGUUUGGAUUAGAAAUAGUCGGAGAAAUCCAUUAAUCCUAUAUAGCUGGACAAACUAAGUCUUCACAUAAGUUCUAUGACUCUCAAAGUAGCUGUCCUGCCAAAAGCCAGCAAAUUUGAGAAUCUUUCUUAAUUAUAGCCUAAAUGAGUGAGUUCAAAAAGUAAAAAAUCCAAAUAUUCAUCCAUAAGAGAGACAUGACCCAAAAACAAAAGGUAAGCUUUCAAUCAUAUUCAGGUACAAGACAGAUUGAGAAGAAAAGAACAAAUGUAAGGAGGCGUUUGUUUAGCCGGAAUCGGAUUCAGGAUUCGCUUUGCUGUUUGGUUAGCAGGUAUCGAAGGAUUUGGAUUCAGAUUCGAUUUUUCAAUCCUGGCUCCCCCCUGGGAUUCAAAUCUGAAUCCAUGAAUUCAAGUUUUUUUCCUUUUUCCUUCUCUAUCGUUCCCCUCUUCUCUCUCUCUUGCAAUUUUUUUCAUCGUCUCCUACCUCUCGAUUCUUCCACCAUGGAUGUGCCCAUCAACAAUUGAAACAACCCUACCCAAAUUCAAGUUCAGAACUUCAGACCCACCAUCAAAUUCAACCAACCAAAUUCAAAUAAUUUCAACAAUUUAUAAACAAUAAUUGAAACGCACCAAUUAUGGAAUCUCUUUGACAGCUCGAUCCGAGUUUCUCAUAACUCUUUGAUGGGUUAAUUUAGGUGGAGGAUAGGGUGGUUGGCGAAGAUGGAUGGUGGUCAUCGUUUCGGCCACCAAGCUUCCCGAUUAAAUUCUAGUUUAGAUGCUAUUGAUUAUGAUUAUAAUUUAUACAGUCUGAUUUAGGGGUUGAGUUUCUUCUUUUCCUUUUGCGUUCUUUGUCGAAUAUCGAAAAAAUUGAAACAAUAAUUGAGCCAUUGCAUAACAGAGACGCGGGACAGGGCUGAGGUGGGCGGUGGGAAGAAGAGAAGCAGAACGUUAGGCAGAUGGGCGGUGGUUGGGGGUGGGAAGAAGAGGAGCAGAACGUAAAGAAGAGAGGAGAAAUGGAAAAAGAGGAAUUCUUUUUUUAACAUUAUAAUAAUAGAAUCCAAUAUCCUAAACCAAACACAUUAUUUGGAUUCAUGAAUCCGUGAAUCCGCGAAUCCAAUCCGCCAUCAUUCAAAUCUGUUUCCUAAUCCAUUUCCAGGUGACGAAACAAACGCCUCCUAAGCAGAUAUUAUAAACUGAUUUCAAUCAGAAAACCAGUAAACUUCGGGUAUUGCUGAAAUACUUGGCACUGUAAAGGUAAGCCACCUGAGAACUAAAAGAUAAAAUCAAGAACUUCAAAUCCAACUUCAAUUCAGCUUCUUAAUGCAACAUCCAUCAGAAAAAGGCAGUUUAAUCUCCAACUAUUUUUCCCAUCACAGAAGAGUCUCCAUACGAAUAAAAUUUCCGAAAUAUCACUAAUAAUAUGACUAUGGAUGCACCCGAUUAUAAAGGAAGGCACAAGAAAAAAAAGUUAAACAAGACAAUGUGAAUAUAUAUUUUUUUUUAAAAAAAAAACAUAAAUCAGUCAUAGUCACCUUUGACUCAUUUGCCAACUACAAUAUAUCCAUAAAAUAUAAGAAGUAAAGCAGAAAUAUAGACCCAACAAAAACCUUUAUCCGGGUUGAAGUGUGUUCAUUCCUGAUCAUUGAUCAAUCAAAUGUAUUAUAUUCCUUUAUCUAAUUAUACGCGGGUAUGUUUUAAAUAACUGAAAUCACUGCAAUAAUAGCUCAUGUUGAGAUUAAGAAAGAAAAAUAAGAAAAUGGCAGAAUCUUCAGUUAACCAACAAAUCAAAAUUACAAAUUUUUAUGUUUCUAAAAGGACAGAGGCUUAGAUCGAAUCAAUAAUAGCAUGAACAAGUGAAAAUAUCAGGCAGUUGCCUUUCAAACUACUAUCUUUAAGCAUGUUCAAAAUAUCAAAAAUGUGUUUGACCUAGUAGGUCAACACAAUACUAUGAUCCAAACAAAAAGCUUCCUUAUGCUCAAUAGUGGAAAAAAAAAAAAAAAAAAAAACUUGACUGUUGAUAAUAUUCACACACAAUGGAUGCAUGGUAUCUAAGGUCAAUAUAAGUUUAGAAACAAAGCGAUAUCUCUGUUAAAUACCAUCCUAACUAACACGGACAAAUAGCCUUCCUAAAACCUAACUCGGAUCUAUGCUGUACACAAUGAACCCAAUAUCAGAACUCAUAGCUAUAAAACCAAAUCACAGAGGGUUUGCAAUUCAAUGCCAUUUAAAGGUAAAACUACAAACAUCACAUGUGUGCAUCACAUCACUAAUACACAUAUAGAUGGGGUUGAAAUAAAUCAAAUUUCAGAGUGCCAAUAUCUGUUAAGAAGUUCUACACAUUUUUUAUACCACAACAACGGGAAGAAAAUUGCAAAGGACAAACCAAAUAUUUUAAGCUUAAAAGAAAGGGAAACAAAAGAAAAAGGCCUUACUGAUCCCGAGGCAGCACAAAGGACCCGUUUCUUGCUAUCUAAUUCACAGAAUAUCUUAGCAUCCUCGGAUUCAUGAACGCUGAUUUUAUCAUCCACCACCAUAAAGAACUUGUCCCCACCAUCACUAAACCUGACAAUGGAAGCUUCCUUCCCCAGCCUACAACAAAAACUCCUCCUCCCUCUGACUAAAUUCACCAUAGCCAAGCAUUCAUCGCGGCCGACGGAGAGAGCAAGCCUUCCAGAUGGAUGAAUAGAAAUAUCAUUCACCCCCUUUUUAUGCACAUUCUUUACCGUUUUCAAAUGAACAAAUGGGUCCGCAUCGUAGAUUAUGACAGCGCCGUCCUCGGCGGCGGCUAUAAGGUUCCGAGGAAGAGAAAUGGGGGAGGAAGUAGGGGUGAAAAAGGAAAGGGAGGUGAUAGAGGAAGUGUGGUGAAGUGAACCGAUUUCGGAGUAGGUUGAGAGGUCGUAGAUUUUGAUGGUAUCGUCGGAGCCGCCAGUGACGGCAGCAGAACCGGCAACAGCGGCACACUUAAUCGGGGAGAGGUGAGAGGGAAAUGAAAAAAGUGGAGUGAGGGAGAAGGAUUCAGAGUGCUUUUGGGAUUUCAGUUUGAAACCCCAAAUAAAACGUUCAUAUGAGCCUGCUACUAGACUCAUUCUUUUUGGUCGCCGGCGGAGGAGAGAAACAACAGGAAAUUAUCACCGGCGGCUGGGAGUCAGUUAUAGGAAGAAUUGAGAUGAAGACUGCAAGAAUAAGAAGAGAUUAGGGUUGGGAAAUUGGGGGUCGAGAGAGGUUUAGGGUUUAGGGGAAGGGAAGAACAGAAUCUAUCAACUUUACUGAAUUGCUUCUCCCAGUUCAGAAAUUACUCACCUAUAAUUCAUUUUUUAUAAUUUUACCUCUGAAUUAUUUUCUUUCUUCUUCAUUUUUCUCCUUUCCCAUCUCUUCUUCUUUCUCUUUUAUUCUAUCUUUUUCUCCUUCCUCCUUUCUUCUUCUUUUUCUAAUCUAAAUCUACUAAUAAUUGGACACUAAAAA